AUGACAAGACCAGACUAUCAGCCAUUAGUAGAUGAUAAAAGAAUAAUAGAGAAAUUACAAGAAAGAAUAACAUUAACAAAUAUGGAACUAAUUACUGAAAGAGAACACAAUGAGAAGAUUAUAAAAGAUAUUGAAGAUUUGAAGGUUGCGAAUAGGAGACUGAGAGAAAAGAAACAAGAAAAUGAAGAAGAAAUGUGUAUAUUCUCGUUGUAUUGUAAUCAUCCUGUUACUGAUGAAUUAACAGUGUCAUUACUUAAAGUACAUGAAGAUGAAUUGCUGCCCAUAGUACUGGAUAAAGCUUAUGAGUUGAUGGAAUUAGCUCCUCAUGUUCCUAUUGAGAGAUGUCGCUUGGCUAAAUAUGAUAUUAGAGAUGAAGUAAUCAAUCAGUCCUUUGAUCUUGAUAAGUUUGGGCAUCUAACUAUUGCUCAGACUGUAGGUGCUGCUAGAUAUUAUUCUUUUGGAUUAUUUUUAGAAAUUUGUAAAGCAAAUGAAACCUUUAAGAAAUACAAUGAUGGAGGUAUUGUAUUAAUGAUAUCAGUGGUUGAUAUGUCAACUGGUAAAGCAGGACCAGCUAAACCAAUGAGAGGUGAAAAAGGUUGGACUGUUGGAGAAUUAAAACAACAUAUAGGAGAAUUAUUUAAUAUUGAUUCAUCGUGUAUGAGACUAGUAAUGAAGGACAAUGAUUACGGGAGUGGUAUUAUAGUUCGUGAUGUUAGUGAUGUAGGAAUUACUUUUGAGGAGAUGCUCUAUAGUCCAAACAGACUG